AAUAUUAAAAAAUCGGAAUUUAAAGUUAUAUAUAUAAAAUACUUAGGCUUUAUUAUUUCUAUAUCUGGUAUUAAAGUAAAUCCUAAUAAAGUCAAAUUCUUUCUUGGCUUCUAUAACUUUUAUAAAUACUUUAUUAAAAAAUAUAAACGGAUUAUUAAAUCUUUUAUCUUAUUUAUAAAAAAAAGAAUUUCCUUUAAGUAG